AAGAGGAAAAGCUCAAUGUCUUAAGAGACUCUGAUAUUUCUUCUGAUGAAUAUUCUGAUAAGAAAGAAGAUAAAGAAAUAACUCAAUCAGAGCUUCAUUUUAAAGCAGCUAUCAGCAGAGAUGAUUUUGCUAAAGAAGAAGCUUUUCCUGAAGAUUACAAGAUUAUGGACGACAACAGCAUGGCUAAAAACUCUUUGCAUGAAAGCCCAUUGGAGAUUAGGAAGAAUAUUAUAUUAGAAAGCACUGAGAAUAUUCAGACUUAUACGAAAUUGUCACAAGAUAACCCUGUAUCCUUAGAUAUGAGCAAUGUACAGUCCCAUUGAAAUAUCCAGUCUUUUGAUAAAUAAAAACGAAGAUACAGAGUAUACUCUCAAAAAAGAGCCAAGAGUGGACUCAUUGGAUAUCACUCCUUUGAAAUUCUCUGCUGAAAUGUUAACUUUUGAGAAAAUCAAUAAGAACUUGAAGACCUCAAUAGAUCACGAUAAUCCGUUCAAAGUAGCUACCUUGAGAAGUACUUCUGCAGAAUGAUUACACGCUUCAAGCCCAAGGAUCACUAUUGCUGAGGUAAAUCCUCCCAAAAAGUAUAAUUCAAGGAUAAUGAGAGCCCAUAGUGCAGACCUGGUCCUUUGCUGGAGGUAUGACUCAUUAAACUCAAUGAACUUUUUCGAAGGAAUUAAGCAUAAAUCCAGCACUGAUCUACCAGUUUUUCUUCAGUAUAACAACCUUGAAGAGGAUAAUGGGGAGAACCAACCUGAAGCCCAGAACGAUCCUGUAGAAGAUCACAUCCAUAUGAAGGAUUUCAAGCUAUUUUCACCAGACAAACCUCUUGAAGAAGGUGACAGUGAGGAUGAAACUCCUUGAUUCAACAUGAAAAGCGUCCUAAACAAGUUUUCAAGUAUUAAGAAUGGCCUAGACCGUUCCUCGACUAGUAGAGAUAAUGAAGAGGUUAAAGAAAGAGAACUUGGAACAAUUCUUGAACAGCAGACUGAAGAAGAAGUGACAGAAUGAAAUCCUAGUUUUGCUGCUUCAGAGGAGUCAUACACAACUAACCUUGAAGAACGGCAUUCUAACCUCUAUUCGAUGAAUAUGAGGGGGCUUCAAAGUAGAACUAAGGAGAUAAAGAACAAAUUUACCCAUGAUGCUUCUUUAUUCCCUGUUAUCGAAGAAGAGAAUGAAAUUCCUGAAGAAAAUGAAGCAAGUAUCUCCAAUUCUAGGGCCCUUAAUUUUCCAGAUCUGGCGUUUAAUCAGAAGGAGUCCAUGAUUAGCAGUAGUCAAUUUAAAGUCAGCUCUAGGGCUGGCUCUGAAUGAUAUUGAUGUGUAAUAAAUUCUUAA